AUGUCCCAACCAUCAUCAAACAACUCAUCACUAAAUGAUUCAGCAAACCAAAAACUUUCAAAAAAACCAAUCUCCAUUAAUAAUACAAACGUAACAAGACUUCAUGGCAUCAAUACCAUCGAAAUUAACGCUGCAAGACAAAUGCAUUCAAGAACAAUAAGUGCAAGAAUUCCUACCACCACCACAACAAGACCAAACAACCAAACAUCACCACCAACUUUCCAACCUCCAAGAUCAAUAACAACAACUACAACAACCACAACAAAAACAUCCAUAAGAUCCACUCACAAAUGCAAUAACCCAAAUAAUCCACAUUGUCCUAAUUGUGAAUCCAUAAUAAUCCCUGCACCAGUCGCUAGGAUGCCCAUUCUCGAUACUCCCUCGAUAACGAUCCACGACACAUGGCGCAUCACAUCACAAAAGGGAACCAUAUUAAAUUCACAACAGAUUGACGAUUGGGUUCAAAAUAAAUUGAAAUUUAAUACUUUGCCCGAAAUGAUCUUUGGUGAGAAUUAUGUCAAGCUGGAAAAUUUAAAAAAUGGUUGGGAAUUACAAUUUAAUGCCCUGGAUUCAUUAAAGGGUGUCGCCUUGAAUGAUUCAGGAAUUAGAGUCGCUUACUCUGAGAAAUGGAAAAAGUCAAAGAGAAUCGAUCAUCAGAGGGAUCAAGUGGAUCAAGAAUCUAAGGAUUUUGAUUGGACUUAUACCACAGCGUAUAGGGGAACAGAGACCAAAACAACGGGGGAAGGUCGUGGAUUGGAAAGAGAUGAUGAGUUACAAUUACCCAUGGACAAAUUAUCAAGAAUGGAUAAGAUCUUGUAUUUUGAUGAUAUGGUGUUGUUUGAAGAUGAGUUGGCAGAUAAUGGGAUCUCCAUAUUAAAUGUCAAGAUCAGAGUCAUGAAGGAAAGAUUACUCUUGUUGAGUAGAUUUUAUUUGAGAGUGGAUGACGUCUUGUGUAGAAUUUAUGACACAAGGGUGUAUGUGGAAUUUAAGGAAAAUAAAGUAAUGAGAGAAUUUAAACAGUUCGAAGAUGAUUAUAAUAAUAUAUUGAACAAAUAUAAACCGAUAAACUCAAGAGACCCAAAGUCUUUAUUGAGAGAUAGUAAUUGGGUCGCUGAAAAUAUCCCAUUGGUUCAUAGAGAAUGCGAAUCCGUACAAUUUUAA